GCUCCAAUGUGCUUCUACGUUCAUUUCCACUCCUUUGCUGAAUUCUUCCUUACGGGUCACUUUUCUUUGGAUAAACCAAAUGUCGUUUUUACAGUAACUGAGUGUCUCAGUAGUAGGGAGGAGGCAGGGGGGAGAUACAGAAGAAGAAGAAGAAGAAGAAGGAAAAGUUAGGGAAGAGAGAGAAAGAAAGAAAGAGAGGAUGCUGAAUAUCAAAGGAGCCUGCUGAACAAAUACUGAAAGAAAGAAAGAAAGAAGCAAGCUACUGCACUGUUGCUCUAUUAGCUUUUAUUUUCACAGUUAUCUCUGGUAGUGAAAGCUGGAAAUGAAAGACAUGGAUUUUGAAGAUGAAGCCUCCAAAAGAUAUUGCAUGAAAGGGAAACAUGUGGCUAUCAUCUGUGGUGUGAUUGCUGCUGUAGGACUGGUUUUGGGACUGGGGCUGGGGCUGGGAUUAAAACCACAGCCCUGCAAUGUUCCAGAAGACAAUGGCCAGGGGCCUACCCAGCCACCCACCAGCCCUCCACCUGAAGACGUGAAUGCUUGCCCAGCUCAAAAUGAUGAAACCAGUGGAGACUGGACAAAUUUCAAACUGCCCACCCAUUUUUACCCAAAUCAUUACGACUUGGAGCUGAUGCCAGAGAUGGCCGAAGAUCGGUAUAACGGAACAGUCACUAUCUCCAUCAUGGCAGAGCAGACCACCCGGCACAUCUGGCUCCACCUCAGAGAGACAAAGAUCACAGAGAUGCCCCUUCUCAAGACGUCCGCAGGCCAGUCAGUUUUUCUUACACGUUGCUUUGAGUACAAACCACAGGAAUAUGUGGUGGUUGAGGCCCAAGAACCACUAGCGCCCGACACUUAUCUCCUGACUAUGAAGUUUCAAGGCCAAUUAAAUGGUUCCCUGGUUGGAUUUUACAGAACAACCUAUGUGGAAGAUGGAAUAACCAAGAGCAUAGCAGCCACCGAUCAUGAGCCAACAGAUGCCCGAAAAUCAUUCCCCUGUUUUGAUGAACCUAACAAAAAGGCAACUUAUAAAAUAUCUAUUACCCAUGAAGACUCAUACAAAGCUUUGUCAAACAUGCCAGUGGAGGAAACAAUUGCAUUGGGUAAUGGUUGGAACCGGACAACAUUCCAUACUUCUGUCCCCAUGAGCACUUACUUGGUGUGCUGGGCUGUGCACCAGUUUGAUUUUAUACCGAGGGUUUCUUCUCGAGGAAUUCCUCUCCGUAUUUAUGCCCAGCCGAAACAGAUCCACACCGCUGAGUAUGCAGCAAAUGUAACGAAAGUGAUCUUUGAUUUUUUUGAAGAUUAUUUCAACAUGAACUAUUCUCUUCCCAAACUGGACAAAAUAGCCAUUCCAGAUUUUGGCACCGGUGCCAUGGAGAACUGGGGGCUGAUCACUUACAGAGAAACUAAUCUCCUUUAUGAUCCACAAGAAUCUGCUGCUUCUAACAAGCAAAGAGUAGCAGCUGUAGUUGCCCAUGAACUUGUUCACCAGUGGUUUGGAAAUAUUGUGACCAUGGAUUGGUGGGAUGAUCUGUGGCUCAAUGAAGGAUUCGCCAGUUUCUUUGAGUUUCUUGGUGUAAAUGCUACAGAAGGGGAUUGGCAAAUGCUGGACCAAAUCUUAAUUGAGGACUUGUUCCCUGUGAUGAAGGAAGACUCAUUGGUCUCUUCCCACCCUAUUGUAGUGGAUGUGUCUACUCCCGAUGAGAUUACUUCUGUGUUUGAUAGUGUAUCCUACAGCAAGGGAGCCUCAAUCCUCCGAAUGCUUGAAGACUGGAUCUCACCAGAAAAAUUCAAAGCUGGAUGUCAGAAAUACCUGGAAUACUAUAAGUUUAAAAAUGCAAAAACUGAUGAUUUCUGGAAAGCAAUGGAAGAGGUGAGUGGUGAGUCAGUCAAAGAAGUAAUGGACACCUGGACGAGACAGAUGGGAUACCCUGUGCUGGAUGUGCAUUCGAACUUAACAAUCACACAGAGGCGUUUUCUCCUAGAUCCCAAUGCAGACCUUUCUCAGCCACCUUCAGUGUUCAGUUACAGGUGGACUAUUCCAGUGAAAUGGAAUAGGGGUGAAAUAACUCGUACACAACUCUACAAUAAAUCAGUAUCUGCAGGCAUUACAAUUACACCGCCCAGUGAUCCUGCUGCCAGUUCCUUCUUGAAAGUGAACCAGAAUCACGUUGGGUUUUAUUCUGUCAAUUACGAAACACAAGUCUGGGAUGACUUGGUCCAUAUUAUGGUGAACAGCCCCCAGAAUUUCAGUCAGGCUGACCGUGCUGGCUUCAUUGAGGAUGCUUUCUCCCUGGCUAGGGCCAGACUUCUGAGAUAUUCUUAUGCCUUGAACUUAACAAAAUAUCUGGAAAAGGAGGAAGAAUAUAUACCAUGGCAAAGAGCUAUAGUAGCUGUAUCUUAUAUCGGAGACAUGCUUCAGGAUGAUAACGCACUCUAUCCAAAAUUUCAGGAAUAUUUCCGCACCUUGGUCAAACCCAUAGCUGAGAAGUUGGGAUGGAAUAACGAUGGAGGCCAUAUCGAUAGUCUCCUUCGUACAACAGUUCUAGACUUUGCAUGUGACAUGAAUGAUCCAGAAGCUUUGGAUAAUGCAACUCGUUUAUUCAAUAAUUGGCUAAAUGGAGCAAGUCUAGAUGUAAAUCUUCGCCUCUUGGUGUAUCGCUAUGGGAUGCAGAACUCUGGAAAUGAAGAAGCCUGGAAUUAUAUGUUCGAGAAGUACAAAAAUACACAAUUAGCUCAAGAAAAGGAGAAGUUGUUAUAUGGCCUGGCAUCAGUGAAAAAUAUUACCCUAUUGGACAGGUAUAUACAGUGUGUCUACAACACAAGCCUCAUUAGGUCUCAAGAUGUGUUCACUGUCUUGAGAUAUAUCUCUUACAACCCCUAUGGCAAAACGAUGGUUUGGGACUGGGUGCGACUCAACUGGGAAUAUUUAGUUAACAGAUUUACUCUUAACGAUAGAAACCUUGGGCGCCUCGUGGCAAGGAUAACAGGCACGUUCAACACAGAGCUCCAGCUUUGGCAGAUGGAAGAGUUCUUUGCAAAGUAUCCUGAUGCUGGGGCUGGAGCAGCAUCUCGGAAACAGGCUCUUGAAACUCUGCGGAGCAAUAUUGAGUGGCUAAAACAACACAGAGAGGAAAUAGCAGCAUGGCUUGGGAGUUAAGAUUGAUCACACCUUGCACAACUGUAUGGACUUAUCGUUCUUCCAUAUAAACUCUUAGGACUUUAUUUUCAAAACACAACAAAAUGGGGAUUUGUAGAAAUCUUAUUUUCAAAUCCUGACAAAGCUGUCAAUAUUGGAAUACAUAAUUUAUUGAAAUGGAUGUUCAGAUUUACCGGAUGCCAACUCUAGAUCUUGUCUUAUCUCCUAAAACACAUGUUCUCGUUUAAAGCAGGACUGCUUAUAAUGUACAUAAUUCUUAUUGCACAGUCAAUUACAGGACCUUAGUCUUUCUGCACCACUGGUGUGUAUCUGUUCAUCGCAUACACACCUUUGAAAGUAAGACCUUUGUACAAAAAUCAUAUUUUUCCAUGUAUUCAGAAUCUCCUUCCCAACAUAUAUCAUUCCAAUCCAUUCCAAGCUAGAAUUUUUGUCUCCGACGCCAUGAGAGAAAAUAAAAUUGAAAAUAUCUUCUCAAAAGGAUUGAAAAGGGGAAGAAAAGCACCAAACAUCACUUUGUAAAACGAUCCUCAUGCAUAUAUUAUCUUCCAUUGUACGUAGAGCAUACUGAUGACUUCCAUUGUUUUGUUAAACUAUCAUGCUGCUGAAAAGACAUUGUAAAGCAUAGCAGAGUGUCCUCGGAGAGCAUGAGUUUAGUGGAAGAAUAUAUGCUUUGUGUAUGCAAUAUUCCAUGCUGAUGAAUCAUAAGGUCAGACUACACACACCCCUACCACAUUUUAUGCAGAUAUGCUCCCCCAAGUGGAAAAGGGCAUCUGUUUGUCAUAUCACCCUGAUUUUCUUUGUCUGCUUAUGUUGUAUUUUGUGUUCUUUGUUUUGUGAUUGGCCAUUGGAAGGCAAACAUGGUCUUGAUUUACAAGUGUGAUUGCUGAGGAUAAUCUACUCUGAAAGAGAAAACACAUUCAGUAAGGAAAAUCUACUCUGAAAGAGAAAACACAUUCCUCUUAAUAGCAUUGAUUAACUCUCAGGGGUUUUUUUUUUGUGUGUGUGUGUUUUUAAGGUGGUAGCAAGACUUAGGCAUUCCUUUGUUUGGGAAGGCCUUUGCCAGAAAGACUACCAGAAGUCAGAAUCAAUAUUAUUGAAGUAAACAAAGCAGUGGUACAGCUCAGUAUAGGGCAGAUUUGUGGUUUCACCUAUAGUGAAGGGAUCAUGCUUGGAGAAACCAGUAGAUGUGGUAGGGAAAUUUAGCUGUCAAGAUACUUUUACUACACCUUGCCUCAACCGUGUCCAGCAUAGCCGGGUAAUAACACCCAAAGUACCUGGAGAGGGCCAGAGGUUUCCCAUCUUUGGGAUGAUAGGUGUGACUGGUAUAGGUAAAUAUGCAAAUUUACCCAAAUGUCAGGUGCAGAUACGUGGCUUUCUUUCAUCUGCAAUGUUUCUAAGCACUUACUUCAAAGUCACAUGGACUUAUCAGUCACUAUCUGAAUGCUACCCCCAAAACCAGCCUUUCUGUUGCAUACGGUUUUCCUUGUGCUGGC